AUGGCUGCCACCAACGAAUACUCCCUUCUCUGCUUGGAGAACCCCCUCCUUGACAUCCAAGCUACCGGAGACCAAGCUCUCCUUGACAAGUAUGGCCUGAAGGAGAACGAUGCUAUUCUUGCCGAAGAGAAGCAUCUCGGACUUUACGAGGACCUCCUAACCAACUUCGAUGCCAAGCUCAUCGCUGGCGGCGCAGCCCAGAACACUGCCCGUGGCGCACAAUACAUCCUCCCCGAGAAGUCGGUUGUCUACAUUGGCUGUGUCGGUAACGACAAGUACGCCGCUACUCUCCAAGAGGCCAACAAGCAGGCCGGUCUCCGUGUUGAGUACCGCGUCGAUGCUGAGCAUCCAACCGGACGUUGCGGUGUCAUCAUCACCGGACACAACCGCAGCAUGUGCACCGACCUUGCCGCUGCCAACCACUACAAGAUUGACCACUUGAAGCAGCCCGAGAUCUGGAGCUUGGUUGAGAAGGCCAAGACCAUCUACGUCGGCGGUUACCACUUCACCGUCUGCCCUGAGGCUAUCCAGGCCGUCGCCGAGGAGUCCGCCAAGGACAACAAGACCUUCGUCGUCUCCCUCUCCGCCCCAUUCAUCUGCCAGUUCUUCAAGGAGCCCCUUGACAAGAGCGCCCCAUACUGGGAUGUUGUCAUCGGUAACGAGGGCGAGGCUUUGGCUUACGCUGAGAGCCACGGUCUCAAGACCACCGACAUUGCUGAGAUCGCACAGCACCUGGCCGACCUGCCAAAGGAGAACACCAAGAGGGAGAGACUUGCCAUCAUCACCCAGGGUACCCUCCCAACUAUCGUCGCUACCCAGGGCAAGGGCACCAAGUCUUACCCAGUUCACGCCAUUGACCCCAAGGCUAUCUGCGACACCAACGGCGCUGGUGAUGCGUUCGCCGGUGGUUUCGUUGCUGGUCUUGUCCAGAACAAGUCUGUCGAGGAGAGCGUCGACAUGGGCCAGUGGUUGGCCCGCCUUGGUAUCCAAGAGCUUGGUCCUUCAUACCCCUUCCCCAAGCAGACCUACACUCGUUCUGCUUAG